AUGAGUGAUUCGACGAAAGUUAAUGCUGAUUUGCAAAGAGAAAGGCAGAAAUGCACAUUCAACAUAACAGAACUUACCAAUGUGUUGGAUGGCGGUCCUGCGAUGACAGAGGAAAGAAGAAGACAAGAGGAGGUGGUUCUGAAAGAAGGUAUACACGUCGAAGAGGUGCCUUCAGAAUACCUGAGCCACAAAGAGAAGUACGAGCUCGCUGUCAAAAAAGCAUGUUUGCUGUUCAAAUUGAUACGUAGACUACAGGAAGAAGAAAACACUGGAAUGGAAAAUUUUCGGGCAGUGCUCGGAGGGUCCCUUGGUUCAGCUAUCCUUCAAGACGGCUCUCCUCUCACACUGCACUACGUUAUGUUUAUUCCAACGCUGAUGGGGCAAGGUUCCGUUGAACAACAGGCCUAUUGGAUCGGCAGAGCCUUUAAUCUUGAUAUCAUCGGCACUUAUGCACAGACGGAGUUAGGCCAUGGCACAUUCAUUCGUGGAUUGGAAACGACAUCGACUUACGACCCUAAGACCAAAGAGUUUGUGUUACACAGCCCAACACUCACAUCUUACAAAUGGUGGCCUGGUGGUUUGGCACACACAGCCAACUACUGCAUAGUUAUGGCCCAACUAUAUUCCAAUGGCCAAUGCCACGGUAUUCAUCCUUUCAUCGUCCAGCUACGAGAUGAAGAAACUCAUAUGCCGCUGCCCGGCAUCAAGAUUGGGGAGAUUGGCGCCAAGCUUGGCAUGAAUGGCACGAACAAUGGCUUCUUAGGGUUUGAACAAGUUAGAAUACCGAGAGCACAUAUGUUGAUGAAGAAUUGUCAGAUUUUGGAAGAUGGUACGUACGUAAAGUCACCAAGCUCCAAGCUAACAUACGGCACGAUGAUGUUCGUGCGAGUUGUCAUCAUCAAAGACAUGUGCAGUUACAUGGCCAAAGCUGUUACCAUUGCCACCAGAUACUCGGCUGUCAGGAGACAGUCGCAGCCGAAACCUGACGAACCAGAACCCCAAAUCCUGGAUUAUUUAACCCAACAACACAAGUUGAUGGUUAGCAUAGCGACAGUGCACGCUUUCACGUUGAGCGCCGAGUGGAUAUGGGAUAUGUACAACAACGUUACUGCCGAGCUAGAAGCUGGUGACAUGGAAAGACUCCCUGAGUUGCAUGCUCUAUCGUGUUGCCUGAAAGCCGUGACCACGGCGGACGCAGCCGAGUGCGUGGAGCGUUGUCGCCUCGCGUGCGGCGGCCACGGGUACAUGUUGGCGUCCAAUCUGCCGGUCACUUAUGGACUUGUGACUGCCGCCUGCACUUACGAGGGAGAGAACACCGUGCUGCUCCUGCAAACUGCCAGGUACCUGGUGAAGGCGUGGCAGCAGGCGGCGGGCGGCGACUCGCUGCCCCCCACGGUGGCGUACCUGGCGCGGGCCGGCGCCGCGCGCCGCUCGCCGCCCUGGGACUGCUCCCUCGAGGGCAUCGUCAGGGGCUUCGAGCUGGUCGCCGCGAGUAAAAUAAGCCUAUGCGUGGCCAAUAUCGAGAAACGACAAAAGAGCGGUCUGUCGUACGAAGACGCGUGGAACAUGACUUCCGUGCAACUUGCGCAAGCCUCUGAGGCACACUGCCGAUUGUUCGUGCUGACGUCAUACUUUGAGGAGACGGAGCGCCGGGUGAAGAACGUGUCUCCACAGCUCAGGGAAGUGAUGCUACAGCUCGUGGAUUUGUACGUAGUCUACUGGGCCUUGGAGCGUAUGGGAGACUUGCUCAGAUUCACAUCGAUAUCGGAACGUGACAUAGAGAAGCUGCAGCAAUGGUACGAAGACCUGCUAACUAAGCUAAGACCUAACGCUGUCGGUCUCGUAGACGCGUUCGACCUUCGAGACGAGAUCCUGCACUCAGCGCUGGGCGCGUACGACGGGCGCGUGUACGAGCGGCUCAUGGCCGAGGCGCUCAAGAGCCCGCUCAACGCGGAACCUGUCAACCGAAGCUUCCACAAGUACCUUAAACCCUUUAUGCAGGGCAAACUGUGA